UAUAGAUGGUAAAAUCAAUUUCAAAUUGUCAGCAGCAGCUUCCGCUUUCAUUCUUCCCCCGCCUAGAGAAUCUUGGUAGUUGAACAAAACUUGCCGUGUCGGAUUUGAGUAAGACACUUUACCAUUAUCUAUGAAAGUGACGUGACGGAAUCCCCAUGCCUGUAAUAUAAAAUGAUUUCUGUUCAAUAUUUUAAUAACUGAUUAGGUAAUAUUGAAUAUAUUAUUAUCAUUCCUUACAAAAUAUAUAAUAUGAUUUUGGCAUUAAUAAGCAGAGAUGAUUUAGCUGAUUAAAACAAAGUUGUGAAUGUGUUCUGUAUCUAUGUAUAUAAAAUAAAUACUGACAACUGAAAAUAAGUAUCUAUAUAUAAAACUCAAAGGACUGACUGACAUAGUGAUCUAUCAAUGCACAGCCCAAACCACUGGACGGAUCGGGCUGAAAUUUGGCAUGCAGGUAGUUGUUAUGACGUUGGCAUCGGCUAAGAAGGAUUUUGAUCAAUUCUACCCCCAAGGGGAUAAAAUAGGGAAUGAAAGUUUGUAUGAAACUUUCGUCAAUUUUAAACCGAUUGGGCUGCGACUUUGCAUGCAGGUAUAAGAAGAAUCAUAGAUGAAUGCCAUUGUGUAUAAUACAAGCCUGAGAACAAAAACUGUAGUCUCCACUUCAGCUCUACACCGAAGCGAAGCCAGGGCGGGCCGCUCGUUAUUUAUAAAUGGUUUUAGUAGCUUCACUAAUGAAGUAUUGUUAGAAACCAUAAUACAAUUAAACACACCAAUAAAUUGCGUGCAACAUGACACCCAAGUGUCCCAGCUCCAAGUAAAAGACAUUUGGUUGUCUUCAUGAUGUCCACAUUUAGGUCAGGGACUAAACGCCAUUUCAUCAACUUGAUGUUAAGGUCUGAAGCUGUGUCUGCUAAUCUGAAAAUAAUGGAAAGUGUAAGAUGUUAGGAAUUAACAAAAUAAGUGCGUACCUACGGAUUAGGGGCAGCCUCGCCUGAGGCACGCACGGCUCGCCCUGUCCUUUAUUCGCAGUCGCCCCCGCGACAUCAUUGUCUACAGCUCGUUGAGUAGGAUAUAUAUAUAUUUUUGAUGUGUAACAUCUUUCCUCUCGCUUUCCUGCAAUUUGUGGGAGUGAUUUCGUGAAAUGGGACGGAAGUGUGUAACAGGAAGUCGCCAAAGCGCGCGCUAUUCGAUUUGAUUUUAGAACAUAAUGUUCAAAUGGCUUAUUCCUUUUGUAGUAGGUUUUAUUUCUUUUUUUUACUAAUAUGUAUAAGGUGAGGUUUCAUUCAAAUGUUAUACAUAAUACGCGACCACUGUAAGGCUCGCUCGUUUUUUUUUAUUUGCAAAAACAAAGAAAUGGCGGGCCGUGAAAGAUAUUAUAUUUAGACCAUUUAUUUACGGGGUCUAUCUCAAAAUCUAAACCAGUAAGGAAUGUAAAAUUUUGGUAUAUUGUAGGUAUCCCAUAUGCUGAAUUACUCAACAAAAACUGAAAACGCCGAUUCGUAAUGGACUUUGGCAGUUGUGACGAAAACCAACAAAUCAUUUUCCUUUCACGGUUUGUUGUACAGAACCCUUCGUGCGCGAGUGCGACUCUCACUUAGCUGUUUUUUCUUACUGUGCUACAUGCCUUGCAAGCAUGGACGUGAUUUAAGCACGCCAAGCGACUUCGUGGCUUAACCCGAAGCACCUUGACUCAGUCUGCUGCCUCGUAUUGCUCUAACUAUUUACCGAUGCAGCCCUCACACGAGCCGGGCGUGGUGAGGCUGCUCACCUCCAGGCUGCCUCUAAUCCGGGCGCACCUUAAGAAGCAACUUUAUUGUGGGUGCAAUCUUACUUUACAGGAUCCAUAGAGGCUGACAUGUUGGCAAGCUUUGGACCAAAAUUGCCCUUGUCAUUUCUUUCCCAACCAACCCAUCCUGCACUUUCUACUGCUUGUAUAUUCUGUAAACAUGAAAUUGUCUCUUAAAUGUAUUUAAUAUAUAAAAUAUAAAUUAUGCAUGUAGGUAGGUACUCUGUAACAUAUUUUAGACAUUAUUAUUUAUUUAUUUUAUUUGUUUAGCACAUAAAACAGAAUACAAUUAUUGAUAAAAAAUAUAUAAUAAAAUAGAUCCAGAUCUGAAUUGUAGUCCAAAAAAAUGUAUGCCUAGCAGCCUAAAUAGAAAAGAACUUAGCUAUGUUACCGGCCAAACCCGAUUUCAGGACAAAAUAGUUUUGCCUAGGCUAAACUAGGUCUUCCUAUACGCGAUAGGAUUAACUAGUAUAGCCUAGUUCAAACUAUUUUUUUCCUAAGCCCGAUAGGAUAAACCAGUUUAGCCUAGGCCAAACUAGUUGAUCCUGAUAUAAAUACGCAUACUCAAGGAUAAAAUAGUAUGGCCUAGUCUAAACCAAUUUAAACCAACCGGUAACAGCUAAAAUUGUACCAAUGCAAGUAUAAAAUAACACCUGUGCUAGAUUUAAGUGAUCAUCAUCAGCCUCUUAAUGUCCCCACUUUCGGGGCACAGGCCUUCCCUAUGGAUGGAAUAGGGAGAUUGAGCCAUGACCCACCACGCAGGCCCAGUGCGGAUUGGCGAGUGCUAACGACUGCAGAUGCAACCGGGACCAACGGCUUCACGUGCCUUCCGUAGCACGGAGGAACUCGAGACAGAAAUUUUUGGUCCCCCAUCCAAUGACCAACCACUGCGAAAGUUGCUUAACUACAACAAUCGCAGCCGAACGCGCUUACCACCUGCGCUAUCUAGCUCCUCAGUAAGAAGAUUUAAGUAACAUAAAAUGUUAAUAGAAUAAUAAAAAAGUAUUGAUUUAUUUACAUUUGUUCAUGCUUAUUACUCAGUGUCCAUACUGUACAAAAGUGGAUUUUUAAUUAUAUUAUCAUUAUCAGCUACUCAAUAGCCAAUUACAUAUUAGGAGAUCGGGUACUGUAUUACAGAUCAAUAUUACAUUAUAUUAAAGAAAAAGUAAAAAUAAGUUGACAUAAUAACAAACCUGAGAAGCUUUUAUUGUGAAUAUAAGACUAUUUUCAACACCACCAUUAGAGUUGCAUCUCAAUCCAAUUAUUUUCAAAUCAUUCUUAUGUAAAUUUUGAUAAAGAUCAAAGAUAGCUGCCAGAAACAAACGAAGUGACCAGCCCGGGUUGUUGCUGUUACUUGAGUCAGCAAAUCCAAAGUAUGUAUUAGUAAAAUCUAAUUCUAAUAUGUCUUUGGAAAAUCCUUUUUUAAGUAAUACCUCUGCGAGUGUUUCAACAAUGACAACAGAAUCACUUUUUGUGACUACAAAAAAGCACUUCUGCUCUAAAUCAAGUGAUUUAAAUGCUUGUGCUAGACUCUCCAGUUGUUCUUUCUUAAAAUGAUUGGAUAUACUGGUACUUUUCUCACCUAAAUAUAUUGUGGGUUGACUUGGCGCUGGGAAUGCAAACCAAUAAAAAUAGUGAAAUUUCUUAAGAUCCUGGAAAUAAUUUAUUUUAUUAUGAGAAGCAUGCAAGGAUAACUAAAACCUUUUCAAAUAUCACUUCAAAAAGGCUUUUAAUUUUAAGUAUGAAAGUUACAAGUACAAUCUUCUUUGAAACCUGGAUGGAAUGAAAAUUUUUCUAGUAAUAGUUUCUUUAGAUUUGAACAUCUAGUAGUUAAAUCCUUCAAAAAUAAAUAUUAUAAAGUACAAUAAUUGUUUUACAAAAGUAAAUGAGAUAAUCUUAACGAAUACUUACAGCAAAAGAAAGAACAAUGAAAUUUAACAAAGUUGAAGGAUCCUCGAUCCAUUUUCUGUUUUUUAUCUCUUUCCAUAAAGCUUCACCAACAGUAUUGAGCAAAGAGGCUUUAUCAAUGUUUUUGAAGUCCUCAAUAGUAUUUUUAUUCAGCAGUUUACCCUUCACAUUUAAAUAAAACUGUUCAUUUUCUGGAGUACUACAAUGUUUACAUAAAUAGUUAAGUAAUCAGAAUAAAUUUUGGACUGUAUAUUACUUUAUUGCAUUGAAAAAUAUACUAUAAAUACCUGUUGAACGAAGUUCCGUCCACUUCAAAUAUCGACCCUAGAUCACUACGGUAUGUAAAACGCCCAAAAAUCUGUUUGGAAUUUUCAUUUAACUUGUCAAUAUCAAGCUUUUGUUCGGUCAGAGUAUGCCAAAACGACGGGUGAACAAAAGACAUGAAUGGAACGUAUUGUAUGAUUUCAGUUUGCUCUUCGAGAGAACUCAUAUUUAAAUUAAUACCUUACAAAAAAAAAUACAAUGAUCUUAAAAGAAAUGUAAAUAACGCCCCGGCUGUUAUUACACUGAACUGACAACCUUUCCGGCAGAUUUUACUGAGGUGCUAUCAAUAAAAUUGGCGUGAAAAAGUAUAAAUUGAUGGAAAUUGUGAUUCUAUGUUCAAUUUAUACGACUGAAAACAAGAGUUUUCAACAACAUAGUCCACUUUUAUCCACACAAUGCAAAAAAGAACGAAUCACAAUUCUGUUGACUGGUGAAUUGUCAAAAACAGCUGCUUUUGACAUUCAAUUGUUAUUUUUUUAAUUACUCUCUCCCUUUUUAGAAUACAAGGGAUACUAAGUUCAUACGGCUUCAUGUUAUAUAUAUAUAUAUAUAUAUAUAUAUUUUACAUUUAAUUGUGGUAGAAGAUACUCCGCCGCUGGCAUCUUUAGGAUCCUACUUACCUUAUUUUCGAAUACAUAAAAUAUUUUUGUUAAAAAAUGAUGCCCUUAAAAAAUCCUCGGACAUAUAAGUGGGAUAUACCUAUAAAUAGGUAUUCAAGGAUUUAUAUAGGGCAGCAUUUUUAACCAAAACAUUUUAUGUAUUCGGAAAUUUUAUUAGGUAAAUAGGUAGGUACAUACCUAGCGAUAUUUUGUCAUACUUCUAUUGCAUCGUGAUCAUGGUCGCUAUUUUCGCAGCAGUGUAACUUCAGGUAAAAACAAUAGCAAAAGCUCUGAAAAUUAGCGAGCUUCUUCGUCUAAAGGUCAAUGGCAAUAAUGUUGGGUAUAUUUUGUUAAAUACGCCAUCAUAAUUAGUGAUUUCAAUGUAGCUGCCCAACUGUUAUUUGGACGAAACUCGAAAUUAUUGUGAAACAUAUUUUUUUGGAUUUAAGAUCCAGCGUUUUCUUUUGCUAUGGCAAUUACCACUUUUGAGAAAUCAUGUAAUAAAAUAGAGCCAGAACAUCCUUCAGAUUCUUCAGUAGAUAAUUUACCAUCCAGUAAAAUUCAAAGUUCAUCCUUGUUUACGGAAGACAGUAUAAGUGGAUGUGAAAGCCGGUGCAGUAAUAAUAAAACCAAGAAAAAGAAAAAUACAAAGUCACCAUAUUUAGCUAACGACAAUGCGCGUUUACGUGCAAUGCUUAAAGAGAAAAAAAAUACCCAAAAGAGAGCGACAAAUAUUGUUUCAUCCUUUCCUUUAGCCGUUAACAUCUAUAAAGCCAACUCUGAUGAAUUUAAAUCUCAUAGAAAGGGCUUCAAGAAAAUUAAGAAAUCAGUUCUGACCCUUCCGAACGUGCCUGCUAUCAUUCCUCAGACUUGCACCGUUAGUGAUAUGAACGAUUCUGAUUAUUCAAAUACAAGGGAUAAUACCAAACAAUUAAGAUCAAAGAGAAGGCUUCAAAUACAGAAAGGAAAGACGAGAGUUCAGAACAAAGAUUAUGUAUUUUACGAUAGGGAUGCUCGCUUCUGUUCUCAAAUGAACAUCGAUCUAAAUUCUAGCUCUACCGAUAUGUUAAAAUUUACGGGAGAUAGCAAUAGGGUUUCUAAUAAAAGUCGCUAUCCCAACACGUCGAAAGAUGAAAAUAAAUUUAGUGCCCAAGAUGUCUGGGCUGUGCUCAGGAAUAUUAAUAGAUUCCAGUUUAGACCUUCGCCCCCUGCAUCAGAUGAUGACAGUAUUAAGACACCAAUAAAAAAGAAAACGAAGAACAAAAGGAAGAAUUAUUUUAGAGAUAAUCGAGUUAUUGAAACUUGUCGUACAGAAGAAUUUGCUUACAUUUCAAGUUAUGAUUUCGAAAGUAAAUCGCCACAUAGUUUUUCACAUUCUUCUAGUUUCGAUCGCGUCACUGUUAUAGAUAAGCAAGAAGAGAUAAGUGAAAUAUGCCAAAAAGUAGAAGAGAGCAUAAUGAAGAGAAACAAUAUAAAAGGAAAACAACGAGUAAAAGGGAAUCGGACAAAUAGAAAUAUUACUAAAAAUAACAGCCAUGAUAAAGCUUCCAAAGAAAUUGAUAAGCAAUUACAUCAAUAUGAACACGUUAAGCACGUUGAUAAAGAAAAAAUGAUUAGCUCUGAAAUAGAAAACAUUUCUGAAGAGAUAGCAAACAACAAAAAGAAACCGGUGGAUUUCAGUACCACUCCUAAUCACGUAAUAGUUAAAGAUGAACUCUCAAAAGAAGGAGAUAAAAAAAAAUCAGCAGUCACCGCAGCAAACGAAAAAAUUAAGCACCAAAUUGCUUCAUCAACGCAAUCACAAUAUAAAAGCAAAAAAGACUGUGAUAUAAUAAAAAAUGAUAACAUUAAAGACGCUGAAGUUCAAGUACUACAAAAUCUACAUGUAAAUGGCAUAACGAAAGUUAUUCUUUGUAAAGGACGUAAUGCAAUGACGCCAAUACAAAAGGAGGAACAAAAGAGAAAGCCUCGAUUAUCGACUACUAUCCCAAGAAACGAGCAACUUAAUACUACUAGAAAUAAGGCUCCAAACGAAGAGCAUCAGAAAUAUAAAGGUUUAGAGCUGAAAGAACAAAUUAAACCGUAUUCACAAAAACAAAAAUGUUACUCUGAUAAGAAAAUGGGUUCUACAGAAAAUGUCGAAAAUCCAAAAAUUUCACCCAAAAACAAAUAUGAUGUUGAAACAAAACUAAAUUUAAACACAUAUUCAGAAGAAAGGAAAGGUUUAACUAAAUACAAGUUCGAUAUACCUGUAGAAAAUAAAGUUCACCAAAGCAGAACAAACCAAAUAUCAGAAAAUAAAACUGAUUAUUAUAAACGAAGUAAUGUGAAUGACAAUGGGGCCAUGACGAAUAAAGGAGAAAGUAAACAUCCUGUAUCGUCCUUGGAAAUUAAUAAAUUUAAAGGCAAAGCUAAACAUUCAAAACCAGUUCAGCAGUUACGAGAUACGGUGCUAAAACUUUUAUAUAAAAAAGUUUCUUUAAAGAGUUUAGAUGAAAAAGUACCAGAAAAUAGCAAUAAUCGAACAAAUGCCCCUUUAUCUGUAGAUCAAGUUAAAUCACAUGUAAAGACCAACGAUAUAGAUACCAGCACACAGACUUUUGUCAAGCCUAGUCAUGCUACUCCACGAGGACUACCUAAAGCGUUUUCUUACAAAGAAUUGCAUCAAACAAAUAAGGUGUUAUCAAAUACAAGGAACACUUGGACAAAAGGAAAAUGGGCUAGCGAAUUUAUAGAAAAUGUGAUAAGAAAAAUACGGAAUGGGAUUUAUUAUAAUCAAGAAAAUAUAUGUCAAAACAAAACGAAACCUCUAAAUUAUUUAAAUGAGGUUGCUGUUCAAACUUUACUUUCGGGAAAGAACAUAACCAAAAACGGAAACAUAUUUGUUGAAAAUAAAGAAAUUGCAGUUAAUAAUAAUGAUUUUACAGAAAAUAAUAUCGUAGUUGAUAAUAAUGAAGAUUUGUUACCUGGAUUCAAUCAAAGUCCUCCUGUACUUAAGAUCAAGACCUUAAACAUGAAAGAAGUUUCGAUAUGCCACUGUACAGCAAAUGUCAUGGUUCAGUUCGAUGUUGCUCAUCUCUUGCAAUCCGAUAAUAUGUUAUUGAAAUCAUCUUCUUUUAUCCCUGUGAUGAAAAAUGAAAGCCAAACAAAAAUACUAAAAUGUAAAACAACUAUAUUGAAUGCUGUACUUCCUGCGGAACUUUGUAGCAUGAUACCGGCAGUAUUGAAAGUCAUUAUGGAUUCUAAUAAAUUGCCCUCACUGCUAGCAAUAAAAUCUCAUCAAAAUGAUCCAAAUUUAUAUACGAUAUCGGAAUUAAUACGGAAUGAAAUCCCAAUCGUUACUAAAUGUGAAUUUUCGACUGUUAUUGAUUUAUCGCCAGGUUUAAAGAAAAGUUUUGAAGGUUUAUACAAAAAUAACUUGCCCAGUUACAAAACUUUUGAAAUCAUUAAGCCACAACUAGAAAUGAGAUACUGCAAUUUCAAAAGUAUACUUCCAAAUUUACACUGUAUACAGCGUUUAUUGCCAAUACAAUUUGAUCCAGCAAUAAGAUUAUCAAAGAUGAGUGAUUUCAUGUGUAAACGCCCGUAUUCUACGUGUACUGCGCUUCAGAUAUACAACCCCCCAAAUUGUAAAAUCAUUAAUAGUAUCACAAAUACUCCUUUGGAAAAACUUAACGUAAAAAAUCUACUUGAACAAAUGUGGGAUCAGGAUCUUACUAUCCGUUUCAAGCUUUCUAUGCCAUUAAGUUUAUAUUUAGGAAAUUUCAAUAAAAUUGUCAGUGUACAAAUUGAUCAAACAAGAGGACAAGAAAAGAGUUCUGACUAUAUAUUAUCCAUAGGGCUAAAUUCACUGUUUAGUGGCAUUAUAAAACAAAAUGACAAACUGACUGAAUCGUCACUGAAAAUGAUAGAAUACAAAAAUAAUCCUGAAAAAAUAAAUAGAAAGGAAAUUCAAGCCUAUUCGAAUUCUACUAAAGCAAGAAAAAAGAGUUUUGUUAAACUAUACAAGAAAUGUAAAUCUACUUCUAAUAUAUCGGGAGAGAGGUGCAGCUUCCCUCUUAAUAAGAUCACUAAUUUGGAUGAGUUUUUACAUAUUAUUGGCUCUGCAAAAAUGAUGUCAAGUGUAUUUGAUGGUAACAUCGGUAAUAAAAUAUUGUCUUCAUUAUCAGAAAUGAGAAAUUGGAUUAAAGAGAUUAAUCCAAGACAAGCUAUGUUAAUUUUACUGCUGACAAAUAAGAAAGAUACACCGAAUCUAGUUAGAUUUCGGCCGCUACUUCUACAGGGUAUAGCGGUCAACCGAAUCACAAGAGCAUCUGAACUUGAUAUGGAAAUUGAAGUAUUUGAGAGAGAGCAUUUCAAUAGCUUUACUCAGUACAAGGGUAUACCUUAUAAAUUGGAGGCUGCUGAAAACUCAAACAAUUUACUAGAAGAACUGUUUUGGAUUGCUAAAACCACAGCUUCCGAUUACCAAAAGCCAUUUGAUGAAUCUUCAGAAAAACUUCUUAAAUCUCUUUUGGAGAAACGAAAAAAGUUGAAUCCGUCUUAUUUGCGGGUGAUGGCUCGAUAUGUUGGUUUGGGCUUGUUGAAGUCCCCUAGGAAAAAAUGAAAUUGUUAAUGUUGAACACGUUUGUGAGGUUUGAUGGUUUUUGUAAAUUUAAACUGAUUUAUAUAUUACACCAUGAUUUUUUAUAUUUAAUUUGUUUUAUUUUAUUAGAGGGCGUCCAUAAAUUACUUGAGGUGUUUUUUUGAAUUUUCUGUCCCUCCCUCUCUCCCUGAUGAGAUUCAAUUCAACAUUAA